GCUCUCCGUGUGGAAAUAGAGAGACGAGUUGAACGAGUUCGAGAAAUCAAGUAUGACCCCCUACUCCUCAGCCACGACCCUCCUGCGCCUAAAAAUGAACAGGAUCAGUACUUCAGCAGAAUGAAGGCUCUUGAUCAUUUGUGUUACCUGGAAAGAGAGCUGUCCAAGCAGCAAGGUGUGACAUCUCGUGUUCAGCAUGAGACUUUGCGAGGCUUUCUGGUGCGGCUCACACUACCAGUACCUUUUGUGGGAGGUGGUGCAGUUCUUCAAGGGCUGGAUCUAGCGGUGCUGCACCAGCUGUGUGACCUGCACGCACGCUAUCACCCGCAGCCCUUCACCCGCAAGCACCUCACCGACACCCAUGCCCUCAUGCUGCAAGUGCUCACGUGUGCCAAGUCCAAUGGUCGGAAACAUCUGGGCAGUGAAGACCGCUUGCGUGCCUCCAGUGACCAUGACUCGGCAAUUGAUGCCGACCCUUCAGAAAUAGAGCAAUCAGACGAUGAUGUGCCAGCACAACGUCAACAACAACAACAACUUGUUUACACCUCUUUACGACAACAACAAAAGCAGCAACAACUGCAGCAGCACAAACAGCAGCAGCUGCAACAACAGCAGCAGC